CUCGCGCCGACCGUUCGCUGCGCUGUGCACGGAGCGGCGGAGGAGGAGCGGAGCGGAGCGCGGAGCCCGGCCGCACAAAGCCGCCUCCCCCCGCAACGCACGGGCACACGGGGGCAGCGCGAGGCGGAGCUCGGCGGCGGGCGGAGAACGGGAGCGUUGGUGCCACUGCCGGUCUGCAGCCGCCGCCAUGGAAGCGCUCUCGAGUACACCGCUGGUGGUCGCCGUGGUCGUGGUAGCCGCGACGGCGCUGCUGCUGCUGCUGCUCAGAGGGGCGGGGCGGGAACCGGGCCGCCCCGUCACGCUGCGGGACCCGCAGGCCAAAUACCCGCUGCCGCUGGUGGGCAAAGAGGAAAUCAGCCAUGACACUAAGAAAUUCCGGUUUGGGCUCCCUUCACCAGAUCAUGUCUUAGGACUCCCUGUAGGCCAACACGUUUACCUUUCUGCAAAGAUCAAUGGUAAUCUGGUGAUCCGAGCCUAUACCCCAGUUUCCAGUGAUGAGACAAAAGGUUACGUUGAUUUAAUUAUAAAGGUUUACUACAAAAAUGUGAAUCCCAAGUUCCCAGAAGGUGGGAAGAUGUCCCAGUACCUAGACAACAUGAAGAUUGGAGAUGUUAUUGACUUCAGGGGGCCAAACGGACUGCUUGUCUACAAGGGGUCAGGUACCUUUCUGAUCAAGCCAGAUAAGAAGUCUGAAGCACAGAAGAAGUUUGCAAAACACCUUGGGAUGAUAGCUGGAGGAACAGGAAUAACUCCUAUGUUGCAGCUGAUCCGUCAUAUCACAAGUGAUCCCAACGACUCUACAAAAUGUUACCUUCUUUUUGCUAACCAGACAGAAAAGGAUAUAUUGCUCCGAGCUGAGCUAGAAGACAUUGCUAAGAGGCAUCCCGAACAGGUCGCACUCUGGUAUACACUGGACAGGCCUCCACAAGAUUGGAAGUACAGUUCUGGCUUCGUCACUGCAGACAUGAUUAAAACCCACCUCCCUCCCCCUGGCAGUGAGACGCUCAUUCUUAUGUGUGGGCCACCACCUAUGAUUCAGUUUGCCUGUCAGCCCAACCUGGACAAACUCGGCUAUCCCAAGAGCAGUACAUUUUCCUAUUAACGGUGAUGUCAUCCAGCACCUUUUCUGAAAGACAGUGGAGACUGUGGACCCGAAUCCGUUCCCGAAGAAAGAGGUGAAAGAUCAUCUGAGACUACUGUACCAUCCAUGUUCUCUGUUUCUCCUGGGUUAACAACAAUAAUUGUCAAUAAUUAGUACCAAAUGUGACAAGGUUGUUCUAUGGCAGACUAAUUCUUAAAAAACAUAAAGUACAGAUAGCUGUAAAAAUGUUAUUGCAUAAAAAUAAUAUAAAAAAAAAGUAGUUGUGCUUUUGAUACAAGAAAAAGUUACUAUAAUAUUGUUUUUUCAGUUUAUUUUAAAACCUUAAUUCCAGAUCUUGAUCUGCUCUUGUGUUUCCUAUUUUUAAUAACAAAAUUCAUCUGUCACAAUCAGCGGGAAUUUUAUUGUUGACUUCAGUGAAAGCAAAAUAAGACCAAGAAUAAAUAUCUUAAAAAACAACACCAAAAUCCCGUCUGAAUGCUAUGCAGCUAAAGGUUUCAUUUCAGUGCUAAACUUAAGGAGCUCAGUCUGGACUGUGCACUCAGUGUUAGUAUUUUACAGAGAAGAGGAAGGGAGGGAAAAAGGAAAGGAAAAAAUAAGCAGCAAAAUUCACGUUCAAGUUGCAUCUUGUUUGGAUACGAUACCUAGCACGGGUGCACUGACACUCCUGAUGCGAUCUUCAGUCAUCCCAAGAAGCAGAAAGUCAGAUGAAGAAGCAAAGAAGAUAUAAAACACCAGCAAAAUAAAGUUACAGAGGAGCAAAGUAGUAAGCUGAGCAUUAAAAGCAGAAACAAAAAGAAAAGAAGCUGUUACGCUUUACAUGAAAGGGAUUGUGCGUUGGUGGGCACAAGUCCCAGGAAUCCUGGACCAGUCAUCUUAAAGAGAUAGAUACAAAUGAUCGUUUAUAUUUUGUCUGUUCUUUGGCAAUUGUAACAUGUGAAGCGUAUACUACUGAGAUAAAACAAUGCUCAAAACCACAUCAAAUUUCUGUGAAACACAGAACUAUGUGAUAGUUAGGAUGAAUUUAAUGCGCAUGGAAGAAACAAACCAGACUCUGGUAAUUCAGUGCUUUUGAGGACUCACUGCUUGUUUCUAGAGUAAAAUUCUGCUUUACAAGAUUCCUCAUCCUUUGAUCCUGCACAUGAAAGACCUAAUAGCAUGGCUAAUAAAUUAUCUGUAGACUAUUAAUGGGAAACUACAACGUUGUGAUCACAGAAAAACUCCCCCCAGAAAACCAACCCAACAACAAAGCAAUCCACCACCAAUCUCUUGAAAUCUUUAAGCUAUGCUACAUAGCAGCAUUUAGGACCAGGAGGCCUUACCAAAAUAAACAACAACAAAAUGUGAUCCCACAACAAUAAAAACAAACCACUUUUUCCCCUGAAACAUGUACGUUGCUGCUGGUUGUACUGGAAAACGUCACACAUUAAAAUGCAGCAGGAUUGGA